AUGGGUUAUGGCAGCAGAGCUUUGUCUUUGUUAAAGCAGUACUAUAAAGGGGAGGUGGUCAGUUUGUCCGAGUCUGUAGACACAGAGCCGGAGACCAAUGUCAUAGAUGACCAGGAGGUGAACUUACUUGAGGAAAGAGUGACUCCCAGGAAAAAUCUACCUCCACUGUUGAUGAAGCUGAGUGAAAGAAAACCAGAAAAACUGGAUUACUUGGGAGUCUCUUAUGGAUUGACAUCAGGUUUACUCAAGUUCUGGAAGAAAAAUGGAUUUGCACCUGUGUACUUAAGACAAACACCUAAUGACCUGACAGGUGAACACUCUUGUAUCAUGUUACACCUGUUGACCGAAGAGGAGGGGGAGGAGGAAAGGAAACAAGAGUCAUGGCUACAAGCCUUCUGGAAAGAUUUCAGAAGGCGAUUUGUGUCCCUGCUAGCAUACCAGUUCAGAAAUUUCACACCGUCCAUGGCUCUAAGCAUUCUGGAGCAGAAACAGUUCAAAUCUGGCAAAUCAAAUUUGUCGGUACAAGAACUAGAGUUGUACUUUACUAAGUAUGAUGUGAAGCGUUUAGAGCUGUACGCCCAGAACAUGGUUGACUAUCAUCUGAUAAUAGAUCUUCUGCCCGCCAUCAGUCGUCUCUACUUCCUGAAUCAGAUCAAUGUUCAACUCAGCAUCGUACAGAGUGCUUUGCUGCUUGGGUUGGGAUUGCAGCACAAAACUGUGGAAGAUCUGGAGAAAGAGCUUGAUCUUCCCUCCAGCCAAUUACUGGGUCUCUUCAACAGGAUCAUCCGCAAAGUUGUCCACAGUCUGAAUGAAGUAAUGGAGGAGGAUGUAGAGAAAGAUAUGAUAGAGAGGAAGGAGAUAACACUGCAGCCCACAGAGCAGUCUAUGGAGGAGGAACUGACAGCAGCAGCAGAGGAGGUUGAGGCAGCCCAGAGGAAGGAACUGGCUUUUCUGAAGGACCUUGACCUGUCCCAGUAUAAAAUAAAGGGGUCAGAGCAGGAGUGGAAGCAGGCCCUUGGGUCAGGGUCAAAGAUGAUCAGCAUCAAGGGAUCAUUACAAGAGAAGAAAAGGAAAACAGAGGACGCUAUUGCAUUGCUAGAAGGAUCUGGUAAAAAGAAGAAAAUUAAGAAAAAACACAAAAGUUGAUGUCUAUAGUAUUUUGUCUUAAUUAUAUGUCAUGUACAUGUUGAAUCACUGCAUUGAAUUGGGACAUCUGGGGAUAUUUUAAAGUUAGUACAUGUACUCUUAUGAGGAGUUACUAAUGAGACCUUUUAUUCAAAAAGGAUGAAAUAAAUGUUCAGGCUUUUCCAUGUAUAUUCUUAAUAUUAAAGA